GCAGCGAACCGAGGAGGCCUCGUGGAGUAGACCGCGGCAUGGGACAGCCGAAGCGGUCCCGGCACCAGAAGCGCGCGCGCGCCCAGGCGCAGCUGCGCAAUCUCGAGGCUUAUGCCGCUCAGCCGCACUCUUUCGUGUUCACUCGGGGUCGCGCUGGUCGCGGCGUCCGGCAGCUCAGCCUAGAUGUACGGCGGGUCAUGGAGCCACUCACCGCCACCCGCCUGCAGGUACGGAAAAAGAACUCGCUGAAGGACUGUGUUGCAGUGGCGGGCCCUCUCGGGGUCACACACUUCUUGAUCUUGAGCAAAACGGAGACCAACAUCUACUUUAAGCUGAUGCGCCUCCCUGGAGGUCCCACCUUGACAUUCCGGAUCAACAAGUACACCCUGGUGCGUGAUGUGGUCUCCUCACUCCGCCGGCACCGCAUGCAUGAGCAGCAGUUUGCCCACCCGCCCCUCCUGGUGCUCAACAGCUUCGGUCCCCAUGGCAUGCAUGUCAAGCUCAUGGCUACUAUGUUCCAGAACCUGUUUCCCUCCAUCAACGUGCACAAGGUAAACCUGAACACCAUCAAACGCUGCCUCCUCAUCAACUACAACCCCGACUCCCAGGAGCUGGACCUCCGCCAUUAUAGCAUCAAAGUUGUCCCUGUGGGUGCCAGUCGCGGGAUGAAGAAGCUUCUCCAAGAAAAGUUUCCCAACAUGAGCCGUCUGCAGGACAUCAGUGAACUGCUGGCCACGGGCGCAGGGCUGUCUGAGAGUGAGGCAGAGCCGGACGGUGAGCACAACACCACAGAACUCCCUCAGGCCAUCGCCGGGCGUGGCAACAUGCGGUCUCAGCAGAGUGCGGUCAGGCUCACAGAGAUUGGUCCCCGGAUGACGCUGCAGCUCAUCAAGAUCCAGGAGGGUGUCGGGGAGGGGAACGUGCUGUUCCAUAGUUUUGUGCACAAGACAGAGGAGGAACUGCAGGCCAUGUUGGCCGCCAAGGAGGAGAGACUGCGGCUCAAGGCCCAGAGGCAGGACCAGCAGGCCCACAAUGUGCAGCGCAAGCGAGAGCAGCGAGAGGCCCACAAGAAGAAGAGUCUGGCGGGGAUGAAGAGGGCACGGGCAGAAGCCGGUGGAGACAGUGAUGCUGAGGACCCAGGGGCCCCACUGGAGACAGAGGGCACUGGCCAGCCCGAGGAGGAGGAGGAAGAAGAUGAAGCCGAGUAUUUUCGCCAGGCAGUGGGUGAAGAGCCUGACGAGGACAUGUUCCCCAGGCUGACCAAAAGGAGACGACCUGCUGGACCACCAGGCAAGAAGCAAGGCAGAUCAGGGCUCACUCGGAUGUGUGUGCUCACAGGUGAAAGGAGCUGCCCAGCUAAUUUCUCAGCUGCUGCAGAGCGAGUCCUCAACAGUCUCCAAGAGGACUUUCUGUGGCCUUUGUUGGUGAUCGAGUUCUUAGUGGCUGUGGCAGGCAAUGGUCUGGCCUUGUACGGCUUCAGCACACGGGAGCAGCGCCCCUGGCACCCGGCUGUCAUUUUCUCAGCCCAGCUGGCCAUCAGCGACCUGCUGUAUGCCUUCACAUUGCCACUCCUGGCCGCCUACUUCUACCCCCCUAAGCGCUGGAAUUAUGGGGAGGUCACGUGCCGCCUGGAGCGCUUUUUCUUCACCUGCAACCUGCUGGGCAGCAUCAUCUUCAUCACUUGCAUCAGCCUCAACCGCUACCUGGGCGUCGUCUACCCCUUCUUCACCCGCAGCUACCUGCGGCCCAAGCAUGCUUGGGUUGUCAGUGCCAUUGGCUGGGUCCUGGCAGCGAUGCUUGCCGCACCCACACUCAGCUUCUCCCGCGUGACGAUGGGGACGUGCACCAACGACAGUAUUAACUGUACCAAGUGCCUGGGGACAGCAGAUGACCAUCAGCUCGAGGCCUACAGGACCUACAGCCUGGUACUGGUAACCCUGGGCUGUGGCCUGCCCCUGCUGCUCACCCUGGCAGCCUACAGCGCACUGGGCUGGGCGGUGCUGCGCAGCCACGGCAUGAAUGUGGCCGACAAGCUACACGUGGCACUGCUGGUGGUCAGUGGUGUGGUCCUCUAUGCUGGCACCUAUGUGCCCUAUCAAGUCACACAUGUGCUCAAUGUGUAUGCCAGGCAGCGUUGGAAAGCCCAAUGCCCAGACUUCGUGAAUGAGGCCCAGGCAAAGGCAGAACUGGACCAGGGGUCCUACAUGGCCUACCAGGUUAUGAGGGUCCUCGUGUCCCUGGCCAUCUGCCUCCACCCACUGCUCUACAUGGCCACGGUGUCCAGUCUGGGCUGCUGCUGCCAACACUGUCCUGGCCACAGCAGAGUAAAGACUCCAGAAGUCUCAAAGAGCUCCAGCCAAGCCCUAUCCCUGCAAGUCACAGCCACAGACUCCCAAACCUCAGCGCCCUGGUCCUCCAACUCCACCUCAUGA